CCGAUAUUAAUUUAUAUCGUGUAUUUUUCAAAUUCCAACAUCAUCGGGAUGAUUUAUAUUCACGACAAAAUCAAAAAUAUUAAUAUCUAGUCACGAAUAUCAUUUUUAUGCACGCAAAUGAAGACCGUCAGAUAACUUUUGUUCUGCUAUGCCAACUGAUGAAUCUUUGAUAGAUUUCGAGUAUAUUGUAGAGGUUAAAAAGGAAGCUAGAAUAUGCUUUGGUACCACGAUCCCGAGACGUACCAGUCCCAUAGGCAAAGGACUGUCCUCUUAUCAGAAAACUCAAGUUAAGGAACUCUUUCCAAAAAUUGGACCAGCAUAUUACAAAACUGAGCUUAUAACCUCAGCACUAUACCCAAUAAAUAGUAAGAUAAGAAGCAAAGUGGGAACGUACCCUUUAUGUAGUAAAGUUUGCAGGUUUAAAGAAACCAUUGGAUGUCAAAUACCUUCUCCAGGACGAUAUAGUACAUGUAAAUUUUUAACAAAGUUCGACAAAAAUGGUACCUCGUCUUUUAAAUCGCGGAAAUUUAAAAAGGAUAAAGAUAACUCAAAUCCUGGUCCAGGAACUUACAACCUUAGCCAAAAAAUAAACACCAGAACCAAAGUUAUGAAUAAUUUCGGAGUCCCUGAAGUCCUCAAUUCUGUUGAGAUGUUCUGUAUAAAUAAGCCUGUCGACAAGUGCCAAAAAUGUGAAAAACUCUGCGAAGGUGAUUACUGGCAAAAGGACCAUAUUAUUUUUAUUUGCCAGACUUGUUGGAGCGAAGAGAAAGCUUCACGUGAAAUGUUUCCGGAGAAGAUGUUAAAAGAAUUUAAGAAAAUCCGGAAUUGUUCAUUUAUGCACGACCACCAAAAAACCGAAGCUGCUGUAAAAACACUGCCAACUAAGAAGAUUAAGAAGAAAGUGCAAAUAGAGAACUAUUUGAGUCUAUAUUUAUAAAAUUCAAUAUAAGAAUAAAUAUGUUCAAUAUGA